AUGGAAAGGCAUGAUGUGGAGAGUGCCAGUGACGCUGUCCAUCACUUGCAAGGCGGGUCAGAAGCGGUCGGUGGUGCGACGUCCUGUGAAAAGGAAACUUCGCCAUCAAAAGCUGAUGUGCCCAAACGAACUCAGAAAAGAAGACCCAGACCAUGCCGAUACUUCAACACUCCUAAAGGUUGCAAACUAGGAGAUUCGUGUCCUUUCAGACAUCCAAAGAAGCGCACUGUCGAUGACGUCAACGUUGUUGAAGAAGAAAUCCAAACUGAACCUCCCAAGCCCUAUACUGCGGUUGCUUCAAGAAUAAUUGUUCCUCCAAAUGUAAAAUCGGCUCGUUUUGAACCGACCAAAGUCGUCGUGGCUAGAGAAGAGAUAGAUGAAAAUACGCAGCUAUUCCCAAAUUGCACUCAUUCUUCAACUGAUACGGGAGACGUUAUUACAUUCAAUUAUCAAGUCAGCGAUCCUGAUUGGGUUUUUGAUGUUCGUACGAUAAAGUUCCGUAUAGUUUUUCAACGUUGUCACCCUCUUGACAUUCCGUCGGUAACUGUUCCUUCUGACUGCAACAGAGCUUUGCCAAAAUUGUUACUUUCACAUAUGGAGAGAUGCUCCAACGAAGCGGUAAAGGUGAAGUACGCAAUGUUCGAGUCGAAAAACGCUUACGAACCUAUCGGAAAGAUCCUUAUCCGAUGGAUUGAUAAUAAUAUAUUGAGUGUAUUCGUGGAAGGUCUCAAGAAAACUAAGCUCGUCAGAGAGGCUGAAGAGGCUGGAAUUCACCUUGUCGUUCCAAGUCACGAUCUAGCGCAGUCUAAUGGAGAAAGCGAUGUAAAAUGUAAGACCGAAGAAAACCUACGCGAUUUCACUCAGUCGGAAAACAAGAACGCAGUCCCAGCCCUAAUUGAUACACUGGAACGUUCGCGUCUCUCAGACGAAGAAUGUGGUCCAAAGGAAGCUCAAGUUUACGAUGGGAUCAACUCGACUCUGCAGAACGUUCCACAAAUCGAAGUCUCUCUGAUUUGGCGAGAUUCCAGUCGCAACAUCGCUUCUAUAACUUCGAUUCGCCUUCAUAUAUGCAGCAAAUGCAUUCGUUGUGGACAGGAACAUGAUACGGCUAUUCCAGUUGACGGCCGUACAGUUGGAUGGCGAUGUAAACGUUGUCAGAUAGCACAGAGUAUAAGACUUCGACCUGAACUCGUACAUGAAAACUCCUCGGUGAUGGCGUUGUUGGAUGCUCGUGGUUGCCGGCCUUUAGACUGCAUCUUGCAACAAUCUCAGCUCAAGUUUGUGUGUUUAGGUUGUGGAAGGGAAGAUGAUGUCCAGAAACUCAACUUCGGCACCACUCACAAGUCAUGGUGCCGCGAUUGUCAUGCGCUAUGUGAAUUCACGGUCAGUGCAGUACGAUUCCGAGGAGAUCUAUCGAAAAUACCGAACGAGGAUCUCGUGACCGCCAGUAAAAUUCCCAAAACGAAAAAAGAGGUAAAAGUCAUCGGUUCAAUAACGGAAGGGCAACCACUGCCUGAGCUCGGUACAUGCAAACACUACAAAAAGAGUUACAGAUGGUUUCGGUUUCCUUGCUGCGGACGAGCAUUUCCUUGCGACACUUGCCACGAGGAGUUCGUUGGAGGUGAACAUGAGAUGAAGGUUGCUAAUAGGAUGAUCUGCGGACACUGCAGCAAAGAGCAAGUUUAUGCUGACGGGAAGCCGUGUGUGAGCUGUAACUCAUCAUUGACAAGGAAUCGAUCGCACUUUUGGGAAGGUGGCAAAGGUUGUCGAGAUCCACUGAUGAUGAAUAGAAACGAUGUCCACAAAUUUGUGCACGCUCACAAGACGACAUCAAGGAGGAAGGGUCGUUCAACAGCUCAAAAGAAUUAA